AAUGAAUGAAUGAAUGAUAUUCUAAGCAAGCUUGCAUUAGCAAAAAGAAAUAAAAAUAAAAAAACACACGUGUAACUGUCGCAUGAAAGUUUCCAUGGAAAACUCGCGCUUCCGUUCACGUGGCAGACCAGACUUCCCCGCUUCCAUAUUCAGUACUCUCUCCAAACCUUAAUCAGUCUUCACUGAUCUCUCGUCUCUUCCCUAUCCAAUCCCCAUAGAUUAUUAUUGCUGUUGCUUAACACAGAGGAAUACGGAAGACUCACUCACUUCGAGCUGUUUCUUUUCUGCCCUCUUUUUUUUUUUUUAAUAUUGGAAUCCUUAUUUAACUUCUGGUCUGGGGUUAGGAUCAAGUAUCUCAUCCAUUCCAUGUUUGGUCUUUUCGUUACCCAAAGGAAAAGAGAAUAAUAAGAUAAGGAUAGAAAUAUAGGAAAGCAAAGAUGCUACACUCAUCUUUUAUAUCCAAAUCAAAUGGUACCAAGUUUCCUUCCUUCGCUUCCGCAAAUGCAACCCUUUCUUCCUUCCGAGCUUCUUCUCAUUUUCAAAUGGGAUUGAAGUGGAGUAGAAUUGCAUUCAGUAGCAGCAGCGGGCAACGACUUUCAAGUAAGGCAAGGAGCCGUGUCAAGCAUAGGACAGCAAACGUCUACGGGCGUCAGGCAAGAGAACGUGUACUUGAGGAAGAGGCCCCUGAAAUGGCAGAAGCCACACCAUCCUUUAAAAUUUUUCCAGGUCAGGCAUUUCCAUUAGGUGCAUCAGAAGUUGAUAAUGGGAUCAAUUUUGCCAUUUUUUCACAGCAUGCGACUGCAGUUACACUUUGCUUAUCACUUCCCCAGAGGGGAGAACUUGACAUGCUGGCUGGUGGAAUGAUCGAAUUUUCUUUGGACCCUAAUCUCAACAAAACUGGAGAUAUUUGGCACAUAUGCAUUGAGGAUUUGCCUCGGAGCAAUGUCCUCUAUGGUUAUCGCAUUGAUGGUCCCAAAGAUUGGGACAAAGGGCAUCGGUUUGACAGCAACAAUGUUCUUAUAGAUCCUUAUGCAAAGCUAGUAGAAGGUCGUCGAAAUUUUGGAGAUGCAAAGCAUAAAUUAUCAAAAUUUCUUGGAACAUAUGAUUUUGAUAGCUUGCCUUUUGACUGGGGAGAAGACUACAAGCUCCCAAAUAUCCCCGAGAGAGAACUUGUCGUAUAUGAAAUGAAUGUUCGUGCAUUUACAGCUGACGAAUCUAGUUGCUUGGAUCAAGAUAUACGGGGCACUUAUGCUGGUCUGAUAGAGAAGAUCCCACACCUUCUAGAACUUGGAAUCAAUGCAGUGGAGUUGCUUCCUGUCUUUGAGUUUGACGAGUUUGAGUUUCAAAGGCGCCCCAAUCCCAGAGAUCACAUGAUCAAUACAUGGGGUUACUCGACGAUAAAUUUCUUUGCUCCUAUGAGUCGUUAUGGUAGUGGUGGUGGAGGAGCUGUUAGUGCUUCUCGGGAGUUCAAAGAAAUGGUUAAAGCCUUGCAUGGGGCUGGAAUUGAGGUGAUUUUGGAUGUUGUUUAUAAUCACACUAAUGAAGCUGAUGAUAAGCAUCCUUAUACCACUUCAUUUCGUGGCAUAGAUAACAAGGUUUAUUACAUGGUGGACUUAAACAACAAAGGUCAACUGCUAAACUUCUCUGGCUGUGGGAAUACAUUCAACUGCAAUCAUCCUGUUGUCAUGGAGCUCAUAAUUGACAGCUUAAGACACUGGGUUGUUGAAUAUCACAUAGAUGGAUUUCGGUUUGACCUUGCCAGUGUUCUUUGUCGAGGCACAGAUGGUUCUCCUCUUGGUGCUCCUCCACUUAUCAGGGCUAUUGCGAAAGAUGCUACCUUAUCAAGGUGCAAAAUUAUUGCUGAACCUUGGGAUUGUGGAGGGCUCUAUCUUGUUGGCAGUUUUCCUAACUGGGACAGGUGGGCUGAGUGGAAUGGAAAGUACCGUGAUGAUCUAAGAAGAUUUAUAAAGGGCGAUCCUGGUAUGAAAGGAGCAUUUGCAACUCGCGUCUCUGGAUCUGCUGACCUGUACCGGAAAAAUAAACGCAAGCCGUACCAUAGUGUUAAUUUUGUCAUUGCACAUGAUGGCUUCACCCUCCGUGAUCUUGUUUCAUACAAUUUUAAGCACAAUGAAGCCAAUGGAGAAGGUGGAAAUGAUGGAAGCAAUGACAACUUUAGUUGGAAUUGCGGGUUUGAAGGAGAAACUGACAAUGUUGAUAUUAUUGCCCUGCGUUUCCGGCAAAUGAAAAACUUCCAUUUGGCAUUGAUGGUAUCACAGGGAGUUCCUAUGAUGCUAAUGGGAGAUGAAUAUGGGCAUACACGAUACGGUAAUAACAACAGUUACGGGCAUGAUACUGCUCUUAAUAAUUUCCAGUGGCAACAGGUUAAAAUUUAUCAUUUUUUAAAUAACUUUGAUCUAAAUAGUACUUGCUUGAUGGUAUUAUUUAUGUUGAAACAGUUGAAUGCAAGGAAGAGUGACCACUUCAGGUUUUUCUCUGAGGUGAUACACUAUCGGCAAAAGCAUCGAGUAUUUUCCCAUGAGAAUUUUCUCGACAGAAGUGAUGUGACUUGGCAUGAGGAUAACUGGGACAACCCAGACAGCAAAUUCCUCGCAUUUACGCUUCAUGACAAAGGUGGUGGAGAAAUCUAUCUCGCAUUCAAUGCUCAUGACUUUUUCGUUAAAGUUUCUAUACCCCCAGCGCCACCAAAGAGGCGUUGGUUCCGUGUGGUGGACACCAAUCUUGCGUCGCCGGAUGAUUUUGUGGGUGAAGGAGUCCCUGGAAUUGGCAGCACCUAUAAUGUGGCUCCAUACUCUUCCAUUCUUCUUGAAGCUAAAUAAUUAUGAGCUGACCUGAACCCCUUGGACUUUGGGUUAGAAGACGAUCAGAUUUGUUAUACUAUUUGCAAAGCUUUGUUAAAUCUUCUUAAAAGUUGAAACAUCUUAGCAAAUGUGAAAACUAAUAUAAUUAAGCGAUAAAUAGUUCGUUUUCAUAUUUA